AUGUCUGACGAACAAUCGAAUCCUAUUGCCCAGCCCCCCGAGGCUCUGAAAGAAAAGCGCGCCCAGCUGGACGACCUCAUCACUCAAGCUGCAGCUAAGGAUGCGACCAAAGAUCAUAACACCGCUUCGGAACUCUACUCGCAAGCGACUGAGCUACAAGCUGAAUUGAAUGGCGAACUAUCACCUGAAAAUGCAGACUUGCUGUACUCCUACGGAAAAUCUCUUUACAAUGUGGCUGUGAGCAAGAGUGAUGUUCUAGGCUCCAAGGUCGCUGGCGAGCCUCAACCUCCGCCCAACAAGACCCCUGCGCCAAAGCCUACGUCGAGCACAUCUCGCGCAGAGUAUAACCAAUCCAAGGGUAACUCCUCCAGUGAUCUAAACAACAAAGCCGUGUCUUUACAGGAGAGCGCCACAAAAACAGACUCCGCGCCCCCCAAAGCGCUUUUCCAAUUCACUGGCGACGAGAAUUUUGUCGACUCGGACGAGGAAGAUGAGGAGGACGAGGAAGCUGAGGGAGCUGAUGAGGACGAGGAAGAAGACGAUUUUGCGAAUGCUUUUGAGGUUCUAGAUUUGGCACGUGUGCUCUACACGAAGAAGCUUGAAGCAGCAGAGGAAAGCAGUGGCGCCAAAGGAAAAUCAGCAGAGCUACCAGAUGAACUAAAGCAUAUUAAAGAACGUCUUGCCGAUACAUACGACCUCCAGGCUGAAAUUUCCCUGGAAGGAGAGCGAUUUAGCGAUGCAGUCACUGAUCUCCGAACCGCCCUUGUCCUUCGAUAUUCCUUGUUCCCUUUCGAAGAUCCCUCGGUUGCCGAGUGCCAUUACAAACUAUCUCUUGCUCUCGAAUUUGCAGCGGUCCCGCAGGAGGGUGAGGAUGAUGAAGACGAGAAAGAUAAGGCUGUGGACGAGGGAAUGCGCAAGGAGGCGGCAACCCAGAUGGAGCGUGCUAUCGAGAGCUGCAGGGUGCGACUGUCACAGGAAGAGAAGAAAUUAGAAACGGACAAAGAUAUGGAAGAGGACAAAGCAACUGCGACGAAGAGAAAGAUAGCGAAUGUGAAGGAAAUCAUUGCGGACAUGGAGCAACGGUUGACUGAUCUUCGCCGCUCGCCUGUGUCGGUUGAACAGGGCAGUCAAGAGAAUGAAGCUUUCCUCAGAGGCAUCCUUGGCCAAAUUGUCGGACAAUCCCCAGCCGACCAGAAAGCCCGAAUCGACGCUGCUAGCAAGGAUGCAACUGACCUUUCAUCGUUGGUUCGACGAAAGCCAAACAUUCAACCAGCACCGGCGCCUAAGCGCCCUGCUGAAGACGCAUCUACUGAAGGUGAAACAAAACGUGCGCGCGUGAACGAUGCCUCCUCUGCUCAAUGA